GCAAAAAUAACGUGGUAAAAACUUUCAGUGUUUUAAAGUAAAAAAAACGAAGAAUUGCUAUUUAUUAGAGGGUGUUUGUACUAAACUAAAAGACUAACUCUAAAUAAACAUGAGAAACUUGUGCAUGUGGCAAGUUUGUUCUAAAAAAGGAUUUUGUCGCUUGCAAAAUAAGUUUUGUGUCUGUUACGGUCACCAUGAGGACUCUAGACUGGGAGAGAUUUUCAUUUGCUCACAUAGACUCGUUGUCAGCAGUGUUGAUUCAAGCGGUGAAGUUAGGUGGACGACAGAUCUUUCAAAAAUAGCAUCACCAGAAAAUAAACCAGUAAACAUAACAUUAUUGAGUUUAUUAAAUUCUGUCAGCAUUGGACUAGCAAAUGGAGAACUUUUUACUGUAAGCAACUUUGGAGCGAAUUGUGAUUUGGUGGGCGUGUGUAAUACUGGAUUAGUGGCAAUGGAAUGGAGUCCAGAUCAAGAACUAUUAGUUCUAGUUACAAAUGACUUGAGUGUUAUUCUAAUGUCCUGUACAUUUGAUGCAAUAAAUGAGUCUAAUUUAUUAAGUGAAGAGUUUGGUGAGAAACAGUUCAUCACUGUAGGUUGGGGCAAAAAGGAGACCCAGUUUCAUGGAUCAGAAGGCAAACAAGCUGCUAAAAUAAAAACUGAAGUAAUUUCUGGCAACACUGAGGUUGACGACAAAAUAAUUAUCUCAUGGCGGGGUGAUGGUAGUCUAUUUGCUGUAGGAUUUACUAUGGAUGGUAUUCGAAGAUUCAAAGUUUUUGAUAGAGAAGGGAACUUGCAAUUUACUAGUGAAAAACAACAAGGCCUUGAAGCAAAUCUUUCGUGGAGGCCUAGUGGAAACUUGAUUGCUACAACACAGCAGCAAGGUGAACAAAAAAUGAUUUCUUUCUUUGAGAAAAAUGGACUCAAACAUGGAGAGUUUGUUAUACCUAUAAACUGCACGACAAUAGUUGAAGAUCUCCUUUGGAGCUUUGAUUCAGAAAUAUUGACAAUAUUGUGUAAAGAUAUGGUAGAAAACAUUCACAAAGUAUUAUUGUAUACAACCAGCAACUACCACUGGUAUCUAAAGCAGACUCUUGUCUUUAAGCAGGGAGUGAGCAAAAUUAUGUGGGAUAACGACUUUGAGAUGGCAAAUAAUAAGAAAAUGCAUAUAUUAUUGCAAGAUGGCCAUUAUUUUUCGUAUACAUGGAUUUGGAGUAAUGAUCAUAGUAAAGGGAAAAAUGAGGAUGAUGAUGCUGUUGUAGCUGUUAUAGAUGGAAAGAAAAUUUUGGUUUCUGCAUUUAGAUAUGCAGCUGUUCCCCCACCAAUGGCAAAUUUGGAAAUAGAAUUUGAUUCUGAAAUUAAUUCUGUGCAUUUUGCUCCAGAAAACUCUUCAAAAUUAAACAUAAAUUCGUUUGUUGUAAUGACUUCUAAAAGUCUGGUGUUUGUAGAGCAAACUAAUAGAAAACCUCUACAAUAUGAUAUAUCUAAAAGCAUAGCUUUUGAUGAAAGCUAUUUUUCAUUUCCACAUUACAAUUGGCAUUUGUUAGAUAAUGAAACCCUUUUGUGUGUCACAGUUGACAGUGAUAACUGUUAUGAAAUAAUUCAAUAUAAAGUAUCAAAAGGAAGUAUAGCGAAACAACAUACACAACCCUUGCCUUCAGCAGUAUCAAGAAUCCAAUGUCAUCCAAAAAUUGAAUCUGCAGUGUUUUUGCAAUUGGAUUCUGGAGAUAUUUUGGAAUAUUGCUCUGAUGGGACUAUUACUCCCCAAGAGGUUUCAUUUCCAGAAGCCUGUCCAAAAUUUAGUGCUGUAGUGGUGGAUAAUAACAUCUAUUUCCUUGGGUUAUCGCAUAAAGGUUGUUUAUAUUUGAUGGAUGAGAUGGUCAUUAACAAUAUCAGUUCUUUCUUUGUCCACUCUGACUAUUUAUUGCUGACCACAUUGAAACAUUUGCUACUUUGUGUGGAGCUUACAAAGGUAGGACUUGGCAAUAUAGCAUCUUUUGACAGAAUGGAAAAUAUAUACAAAAGAAAAAUAGAAAGAGGGGCAAAAUUGGUAAUUUCUGUACCAAAAGAUAUUCGGACUGUUUUCCAAAUGCCUAGAGGAAACUUGGAGACAAUCCAACCACGGCCCUUAUCACUCAAAAUAAUUGGAGAAUAUCUAGAUUCAAACAAAUAUUUUGAGGCUUUUGAUUUAAUGAGGAAACAAAGAAUAAAUCUCAAUUUAAUAUAUGACCAUAAUCCUAACCUUUUUAUACAAAAUAUUGAUGUCUUUCUUAAUACUAUAAAAAACAAUUCUUGGCUUAGUUUAUUCCUGUCAGACCUUGAUAAUGUAGAUGUAACAAAAACAAUGUAUUCAAGCAGCUACACUUAUGGUGAAAGUAUCUCAGAAGAAAACGUUCAGAAAAAGGUGCAAUUUAUAUGUGAUCUUGUAAGGUUACAUUUAGCCAAUGCAUCAGACAGUGCCAAUAGAGUGUUACCAUUGCUGACAACAUUUGUCAAGAAAAAUACCGUGAGUGAUUUAGAGGAAGCACUUAUCCUCAUAAAAGAACUUAAAAACCAAGAAUCUGAUGGAACAAAGCUUCCAGUCACAUCUGACGAAGCACUGAAAUACCUACUGUACAUGGUGAACGUAGAUAAUUUGUUUGAUGUAGCACUAGGAAUGUAUAACUUCGACCUCGUGUUGUUAGUUGCAAACAAAUCACAGAAGGAUCCAAAAGAGUACAUUUCUAUGCUCAAUGAUUUAAAUGAAAUGGAUGAAGAUUAUAGAAAAUAUACAAUCAAUAAGCAUUUAAAAAGAUUUGAUAGAGCCGUCCAAUGUCUUGCAAAAUGUGGGCCAAGCAAAUAUGGAGAAUUAAAGACAUUUGUCAAGUAUAACAGUUUGUACAGGACGGCUUUAGCACUCUUUUUUGUUGAAGAUGAAAUAUAUCAACAAAUAUCAGAUGACUUUGGACUGUAUCUCAAGUUAAAAAAGCAAUAUAUAGAAGCUGGUAUCAUUUAUGAAAGAGCAAGAAGAAAUGAAAAAGCUAUUGAAUGUUACAAGGAGGCUUUAGAAUGGGAAUUGGCAUUGAAACUAGCAGAACGGAAACCGAGAAAGGAGUUCAAACAAUUAUGUUGGGAUCUUGCUAAUAUGUUGAAAGAUGAAAAGAGAUUUAAGGAAGCUGUCUUAAUUUUGGAACAAUUUUCUGAAGAUAGUGAAGAUAUAAUUAAUUUUGCUGUUGAAUGUGGACAAUACAGAACUGCUCUGAGAAUGUGUUCAAAGUUUAAUCAUUCUGAUUUCAAAGAUAUGAAACUAUUGCCAUCAUUAAUCGGAGAAUACAAGUCUGUGAAGGACUUGUUACAAACAAAUGGGACUAAUUUCAUUAAGUAUAGGAAUCGUCUCAAAAUUGUUAGGGAAAUUAAAAAUAAAAAGGCUCAAGAUGAAUAUGAUGCACCAAAUGCUUACAAAGAUAGUGAUUUAUAUUCUGAUGCUGGAAGUACGAUCGCAUCUUCUUCGGGAUCGGGGAAAUCAUUUCGGUCAAGUAAAAAUAGAAGAAAACAUGAGCGCAAAGUCGCAUCACUUAAAGAGGGAUCACAAUAUGAGGAUACUGCUCUAGUUCUAGCUCUACACAGUCUCGUUACCUCCACAUAUGAACUACGACCACACGUAAAGGAAGUAAACAUAGCCUUGUCAUGUUUUAAUAAAGAUGACGAAGCUUCCAUUCUCCAGUCAAACCUGGAGAAGUUAUUAAAAGAAAUGAAAGACAGCUUAAAACAGAUCUGGAGCAAUGAAUUCACUUUGGAAGCAACAAAUGCGGCAAUCGCUGCAGACAAUGUCCCAGAAGGCGGCGGCCUCAUACCGCAAGGCAUGGCGACCCUGGAACCUCAUCUUAGAAUAGCUCCUGUAAUACAAGAUUUGAAGUGGAGACUAGAUGGAUUAAAUAAUUUAUAAACACAUAUUGAAUGAGUUCAUUUUGUUAUGUAUAGAUGUUCUAUAUAAUAUAUAAGGUA